CUGUGAAUGGAAUUUUACCUGUUUUGGACAACAGGAUUGAUUCAGCUGCCAGCCAUUGUGUGUCCUGAGGCAGGACAGCAACAAAACAAGGCUCUGCAGUUGCUGAUAGAGUAAUUCCCCAGGCUGGCAGGUGGCAACAGUGCUGUGCCUGGAUGUGGGCUUUACAAUGAGCAAUUCUUCCCCUGGUGAAGAGUCCUCACUUGAACAAGCCAAGAAGAUUAUGACAAAGUUUGUGCAACGACAGGUUUUUGCUGAGAGUAAGGAUGAGGUCGCUGUAGUUUUGUUUGGCACUCGUGGUACUAGGAAUGGUCUUGCCAGGGGGGACCAAUACCAAAACAUUACUGUACAUAGGUCACUAAUGCUGCCAGAUUUUGAUCUGCUGGAAGACAUUCAAGAUGUGAUUAAACCAGACUCUGAACAAGCAGACUUUCUGGAUGCAAUUAUUGUGUGUAUGGACUUGCUUCAGAAGGAAACAAUAGGAAAGAAAUAUGAGAAGAGACACAUUGAACUAUUUACAGACCUUAAUAGUCCUGUCAGUGAGGAUCAGCUGGAAAUUAUCAUAGCUAACUUGAAGAAAACAGGAAUUUCACUUCAGUUCUUUCUGCCAUUUCAAGUGGUUAUUGAUGACGGAAGUGGAGAUACAAUUGCCAGUGUACAUUCUCAUAUGCACAGAAACUCAUUUCCAAUAAAGAGUUUAACUGAACAACAGAAACAGGGUAUUGAUGUGGUGAGGAAACUCAUGCAUACUUUGGAUGAAGAAGGAGGGCUGGAAGAAAUUUAUACUUUCAGAGAGAGUCUGGAACGUCUUUCAGUGUUUAAGAAAAUUGAAAGAAGGCCUAUGCCUUGGCCUUGCCAGCUCACUAUUGGUUCUAAUCUGUCCAUAAGGAUUGUGGCCUACAAAGCGGUCACAGAAGAGAAGGUGAAAAAAAUUUGGACAGUUGUGGAUGCAAAAACCCUUAGAAGAGAUGAUGUGCAGAAAGAAACUGUUUACUGCUUGAAUGAUGAUGAUGAGACAGAGGUUCAGAAAGAUGAUACUAUUCAAGGUUUUCGGUAUGGGAGUGAUAUAGUUCCUUUUUCCAAGGAAGAUGAAGAGCAAAUGAAAUACAAAACCGAAGGAAAAUGUUUUUCUGUUUUGGGAUUCACUAGAUCGUCUCAGAUCCAGAGGCAUUACUACAUGGGCAACCAGGUUCUGAAGGUCUUUGCAGCAAAAGGUGAUGAGAAUGCAGCAGUUGCUUUUUCUGCCCUUGUUCGUGCCCUGGAUGAGUUGAAAGUGGUAGCUAUUGUGCGCUAUGCUUAUGAUAGAAGGAGCAACCCGCAAAUUGGAGUAGCUUUUCCGUAUAUUAAGGAAGCAUAUGAGUGUCUCAUCUAUGUGCAACUACCCUACAUGGAAGACCUAAGACAAUACAUAUUUUCAUCCUUGAAAAACAAUAAAAAACGCAUUCCUACAGUGGAUCAGUUGUCUGCUGUUGACUCAUUGAUUGAUUCUAUGAAUUUGGUUUAUGAAGAUGGAGAAACUUUUGAGGACCUGUUUAAGCCCAGCAAAAUCCCAAAUCCUCACUUUCAGAGGUUAUAUCAGUGUUUGCAGCAUAAGGCUUUUCACCCUGACAAGCCACUGCCGCCAAUAGAGCAGCACCUUUUAGAGAUGCUGGAGAUGCCCUCUGUGGUAAAAGAAAGGUGUCAGGCUCCUCUGGAAAGAGUAAAAGCACUUUUUCCCCUGAAGGAAGUUGGCAAGAAAAAAGAAGAGAAGACUGCUCAAGACAUCUUCAAAGACAACAGCGAAGAUGAACCCCGCCUUAAGAAGCCAAAAACUGAAGAUGAGGAAGAGAGCUUUAGCAUCCUAAAACUUGCUGAAGGCAAUAUUACCUCUGUAGGAAGUGUUAACCCAGCAGAAGAUUUCCGAAUUCUGGUGAGGAAGAAAAACGCUGACUUCAAAGAUGUGAGUCAGCAGUUGAUAAACCGCAUUGAUCAGUUCCUGGAAAAUAAAGGUUCACAGUACUACAUGAAAGGGAUCGAUUGUAUCAGAGUUUUCAGAGAGGAGGCCAUGAAGCUGUCCAAGGUGCAGUGCUUUAAUGACUUUCUGCAGGCCCUGAAAUCAAAGUUGGAAGAUAAAGCCUUAGCUGAUUUCUGGGAGAUCAUGAUACAAGACAGAAUUUCUUUGAUCAGUAAAGAUGAAGCACAGGAAAGUUCAGUGACCAGCGAAGAGGCUCAAAAGUUCUUGGCUCCAAAAGAAAGUAAAAAUGAAACUCUGCCUCCCACAGAUGAAGGUGGUGAUGUUGAUGAUUUGUUGGACAUGAUGUGACUGGGUGAUAUAUGGUGACUAUACAACCAAAGUUUUGGAAGAGAUCUCCCUGUGAGAUGGGGCACAAAAAAAGAUGCUAAUGAGAAGACAGUACAUCCAUCUUUAUUUUCUCAAAUGAGAGCAGAAAUCCCAGAAACACUUCCAGUUGAUAUAAAUAUCAUCUGACUUUUCAAAACUAGAAAAGAAGACUGAAAUGACUGAAAUGAAGUGUUUGGGAAGUAAUAAUAGCUUUAAGGCAUCUUCUUUUUUUUUUUUUUUUUUUUU